GUGGUGCAUUGUGGGGGGAUGAGUCUUCCGCUGAAGGCGCUCCUUUGUUUGACCAGCACGUCAUGGAGCGGGUGGGAGACGCUGUCCAAGAUGGCGUGUAGUUUAAUUAUCAGUGUAGGCGUGUAGCUGCACCCCCACAAUGUCACCGGCCUUACGGAUCGGUUUGUUGAGUCUGUUAGCGCCCGCUACCCUCAGCCUGCUGCCCCAGCAUGCAACAGCACUGGCCACCAUGACGUGUCAGAAGUGCACCGCAGACAAUAAUGCGUUGGGUUUAAAUAUUAAGGAUGUUCAUCUGCUCUGUGGCUGGUGUUGACUACACAGAACUACACCUCCCAAUAUAUCAGGAUUGGAGUUUUAUAACAGUUUGUUCAUAAGAGGUCUAAAAAGGUGUUUGAUCCCAAACAUCAGUAAUGUGUGAAUGUCUUUUUGGCAAACAAAAUUUAUACAUACAAUAUGAAUUGUUUCCUUAGUGUAAUGACAUUAUUUUAUGGUAAUUUCUGUAUUAAUCUCCAUCAAAAGUCCAGUUAAGGGAUUAAUAAUACUUUAAAACAUGUUGGCCAGAAGAAAAGAACAUUUGUUUGAAGCUGAAUUGAAAUGAAAACUGGAUGUGGCCUUACACAGCAAGAAGCUUCACAAUGGAUUUGCAAUAAAAAUGUCUAAAUUGUAAAUGUAGUAGGUGGACAGUGACUUAAGUAUCUUUUCAGAUAUACUGGUGCUUUACUUAAGUACUUCUACAUUUAUAUCUACACAUUAAUGCAUUCAUUUAGGAAACAUCAGUUUUGUCUAAAGGUACGUACACUUCCUGGAUCACUUCUCUAAACUUCAUUUCAUUGUAUUUUUAAUGGUCUUUUUUUUUAUUUGCCUCAUGAAAUGUUUUAAUCCUGGUUCAACCAUGUUAAGCACUUUGUAUGAGCAGCACCAAUUUCUAUUUACACACAUGCUAAAAUCACAAUGUUGUUUACAUUUAAACACCAGCGUCAUGGACAGAAUCAGGUACAUUUUGCAUAUGAGCUCCUCUCUGGUGAAUCAGCUCAUGGCAGGACAGGAAAUAAAACAAGUUUGUGUUCAGUUCAUGUUUUUUCACCUGUUUAACCACCUACCAAUGGCUGUGCACUUACUUACUGUUGAGCAGCACACACCUUAUUCUGUUUUUCAGAACAACCAAACUGUAAAAUAUUCAAUCAGCACCACCCAUUAAAUGAAUCUGUCGCACAGGCUUCAAUUUAAUCUUCAGUUAAUAUGGAUUUCACGUCCACAAAUCCAAAUGAACUGGCUCCAAACCCUGUUAUUAAUAUAGAACUGCACAACCCAAAACAACAUGGCACCAUACAGAAGUAAAACUGUCAAUAUUCUAGUUGAAUUUGGUGAAAUAGACUUGAACUAAAUGAACAAAAACACAAAGUAGAAGCUGUGAUGUUGAAUAUUUGAGAAUCAGACAAUUAUAGUCCAUGUUGGUGCCCAUGUAAGGACUUUAGAGGCCAAUAGAAAUGCGUGUCAAUGUUUUUGCUUUUAUUUUAAAGGAUUUUUUCUUAUCCGGAAAUGCAGCUGCUCGCAGUCUCUAGCUUGGAGAAGAACAGUCAGGUCUGCGGGCUGAGCUUGAGCUGUCUGUCUUCAACUACGUCCGCAGAAUGACUUUAAGUACCGACGCUCUGGACCCGUUAGCCACCAGUUACUUUCCUAGAUUUGCUUUCGGUUUUUCAACGGAACAAACGAGACUGAGAAAAUGAGUGGGCGGGGAAAAGGCGGCAAAGGGCUCGGUAAAGGCGGCGCCAAGCGGCACCGCAAAGUGCUCCGCGACAACAUCCAGGGCAUCACCAAGCCCGCCAUCCGCCGCCUGGCUCGCCGCGGCGGCGUGAAGCGCAUCUCCGGCCUGAUCUACGAGGAGACCCGCGGGGUGCUCAAGGUCUUCCUGGAGAACGUAAUCCGCGACGCCGUCACCUACACCGAGCACGCUAAGAGGAAGACCGUCACCGCCAUGGACGUGGUGUACGCGCUCAAGAGGCAGGGCCGCACCCUGUACGGCUUCGGAGGCUGAACCAACACCACCUCCUCAUCCGGCUGCAACACAACGGCUCUUUUAAGAGCCACCCAACUCUCCACAAGGGCUGACUUCCUGUUUAUUAUAUGAAUGAUAAUAUCUCGUAUCUGUGCAGUUCCACUGUAACUGUAAACUGCCUCUGCUUCACCUGAGAAACAAGCUUUUAACCCCAAACAUCUUGUGUUGAAACUGGCUUCAGAAAUUAGAGGUUUGUCUCCCAUGCCAAUAAAGCUCAUUUGAAUUUAA